AUGCUAUACAAAACCCACACCCCCUGGUCCCUGGAGGUCUCCAGGCCGGGCUUGGGGCCUCAUUCUCGGCUUGGGAUACCCCCAGAGACCACCCUGGUCCUCUGGAGCCCGGGACCGGUCUGGUUCCCAGUGUGGUACACUCAAAAGGCCACCAAAACCCCGGGUAAUAGGGGCCCCGCCCGUGGUGUAGUGGCUAAGGUGAUGGACCGGAGAUCCAGCGUCGUGGGUUCGAAUCCUGCCCGGGGACCAUGCCUCUCACCUCCAGGGGGGUCCAGGGGGUCCAGGGAGGUCCAGCGGGUCCCUGGAGGUAUCCAGCCCGGGUUUGGGGCCUCAUUCCUGGGGUUGGGACCUCCAGAGACCCCGCUGGUCCUGGGACCUCCAAUAGUCCCAGAGUUGGUCCAGGGGAAUUACCACAGGUCUCCCCCAGGAAAGAGCCUCAAAAGUCGGGUUGGGUACACUCAAAAGGCCACCAAAGACCCGCUUGAGGCCUCCUUCCCGGGUUGGAAUAUGAGAGAGUGGGCCCAGGAGAACCAGGGGAAAAACCACAGGUCUCCCCCAGGAAAGAGCCUCAAAAGUCGGGUUGGGUACACUCAAAAGGCCACCAAAGACCCGCUUGAGGCCUCCUUCCCGGGUUGGAAUAUGAGAGAGUGGGCCCAGGAGAACCAGGGGAAAAACCACAGGUCUCCCCCAGGAAAGAGCCUCAGAAGUCGGGUUGGGGACUUCCAGAUACUCCCUGGUUCCUACAUUGACCUCAAAGCGCCUAUAAAGCGCGGGCCCCCGCUCGACCCCGCCCGUGGUCGAGUGGUUAAGGUGAUGGACUGGAGCGCCAGCACUCCGGGUUCAAAACCCGGAGAUACCAUUGAUGGACUUAGACAAAUUUUCAAAUCUGCUGCCAGAACCAGGCCUGUCAUGGUUGUCCUGAAGCCCGGUUUGAGCCCUGAUUCCCGGAUUGGAUACUUCCAGUGA